UUCAGAACCUUCAUUUCCCACGAAAAUCCUUCUCCAAAAACCUCCAAAUCUCAGAAAUGCCUCCGACAGUAGCUAGAAAUCCCUUCUCCCUGUCAAAACCCUAACCAGAUCCGCUUCUCGAUCUGAUCUCUCUCUGUCAUCGCCAAAAUCCUAGAAAUCCAUGGCCGGUGCUGCAUCGGCGCUCUUCCUCCUCGACAUCAAGGGUCGGGUUCUCGUCUGGAGGGAUUACCGCGGCGAUGUCUCAGCGCUGCAGGCGGAGCGGUUCUUUACGAAGCUUAUCGAGAAGGAGGGCGAUCCAGAGUCUCAGGAUCCGGUGGUGUAUGAUAAUGGCAUCACCUACAUGUUCAUACAACACAAUAAUGUGUACUUGAUGAUUGCAUCACGGCAGAACUGCAACGCUGCAAGCCUUCUUCUCUUUCUGCAUCGAGUUGUUGAUGUCUUUAAGCAUUAUUUUGAAGAGCUAGAGGAGGAAUCUCUAAGAGACAAUUUUGUUGUUGUGUAUGAGUUACUUGAUGAAAUGAUGGACUUUGGUUACCCUCAAUAUACCGAAGCAAAGAUUCUUAGCGAGUUUAUCAAGACGGAUGCGUACAGGAUGGAAGUUACCCAGCGACCACCUAUGGCUGUAACUAAUGCAGUGUCGUGGCGCAGUGAAGGGAUACGGUACAAGAAAAAUGAAGUGUUCUUGGACGUGGUAGAAAGUGUAAAUAUGCUUGUCAACAGCAAUGGGCAAAUUAUUCGGUCAGAUGUUGUUGGGGCAUUAAAGAUGAGAACCUAUUUGAGUGGUAUGCCUGAGUGUAAACUUGGUCUAAAUGACAGAGUACUUUUGGAGGCUCAAGGACGAUCAACAAAGGGAAAAGCCAUUGAUCUAGAUGAUAUCAAGUUUCAUCAGUGUGUGCGAUUGGCCCGUUUUGAAAAUGAUAGGACAAUAUCCUUCAUACCACCCGAUGGGUCUUUUGAUCUGAUGACAUACAGACUCAGUACCCAGGUAAAGCCUCUUGUCUGGGUAGAAGCUCAAGUUGAAAGGCAUUCGAGAAGUCGGAUAGAGCUCAUGGUAAAAGCAAGGAGUCAAUUCAAGGAGCGCAGCACCGCAACAAAUGUUGAAAUUCAGGUGCCUGUACCUUCAGAUGCUACUAACCCCAAUAUUCGGACUUCAAUGGGCUCUGCUUCAUAUGCACCUGAAAAUGAUGCAUUGCUUUGGAAAAUAAAAUCUUUUCCUGGUGGAAAGGAGUAUAUGCUGAGGGCGGAAUUUAGUCUACCAAGUAUAACUGCUGAGGAAGGGAUGCCUGAGAAGAAGGCUCCAAUCAGAGUGAAGUUUGAAAUUCCGUAUUUUACCGUCUCUGGAAUACAGGUGAGAUAUCUGAAAAUCAUUGAGAAGAGUGGAUAUCAGGCUCUUCCUUGGGUAAGGUACAUUACAAUGGCCGGUGAAUAUGAACUGAGGCUCAUCUGAUUCACACUUCCAUCUCUCCCUUCUCGUCACCUGUCUACCUAUGCACGUUGCCCCAAAGUUUCAAAACAACGCCGAUUAUCAUCCUUGUCAUUGGUAUGUUCAGCCAAAAGCUCUCCUGAGGUACAUUUGCUUAAUUCUUCUUUUUGUUUUGCUUGUCUUUGUUAAUGUGAUAGUGGUUUGUAAGGGUUUUUGCAUAUACCCAGAAAGAUUAUUUACCCCUCUUUUGUCGAGAAUUAAAAAUCAUUUUUUGAAAAUAUCAAAUGGCAGUUUUGGAUAUUAGAUCCAGUAGUAAACUGCUGAUUGUAAUGGAACAAUAAAAUAUGGUGCGUUGUUGCA